GGCUGUUUGACAUCUUCUUGGCAGGGGAAUGAAGAUCUCAUUAUAGUUCAUGAUCCUCUAGAAUAUGGAAACUGUCGAUCAUCUCAAAUUGGGAAUACCAAAGUAUGGAAUAUUCGAGAAUGUGAACUCACUGAAGGAUCUAGCAAAAAUGCCACAUUGGACACCUGAGAGACCCUUGAGAGUAGCUACGGGUUUCACAUAUGCAUGGUGUACUGCAAUGUGACAUAUUCAUCUUCUUUUUCCCACAUGCAGAGUAUAUGUUAUUGUGGUCACAAUUAUUAUGUUUAAGUUUGAUGAUAUUUUUCCCUUAACAUCCUUCAUUUUUUUCAUAGAUGGGGCACUGAAGGCUACUCUAGCGGUAAGACCAAAUCUACCUAUUUUAAACAGAUUCAGUUUUCUCAAGUCCCGUCUUAUUGAGAUUGACUAUGGGGAUAGUCGAUGCAAUUGUAGACCUUGUGAGCAGUGGAACAACUUUGGGAGAGAACAAUCUGAAAGAGAUUGCAGGUGGAGUCAUCUUGCAAAUUCAGCGGUAUAUCCUCGAGAGCAAAAAACUCUCUGGGGAAAACUUUCUUGACUGGGAGAAGAACCUAGGAAUCUUUCUUGACUGUGAGAGGAAACUUUACAUCCUCGAAACGAAUCCUCCCAAGACCCCUAAGGCAAAUGCUCAUGUGUCCGAACUCACUUCCUUCAAAAAGUAUGAGGACGACGCGCGAGAUGUUAAGUGUAUCAUUAUGGCAAGUAUGACCGCAGAGCUCCAAAGGCUCCACGCGGACAUGGAAGCGCGUCAUACAAUGCUUAAGAGACCUAUUACAGGGUCACCCCAAAAACUCGGAAUUUGCAUGAAGUUAGACAUUAGACUGAGGGAGAAGUCCAGCUUAAGGAAUAUCAUUUCUGUGAUCUGUCUUGACAAAGUAGGAUUUUCUAUUAACGUCAAAGACAAGUGCCUUUCGAUUUUCAGAAAUGAUAUUUACUAUGCAACUGCUAAGAUGACCAAUGGUCUUUAUAUCUUAGACUUAGACGCCACUGUUUAUAACGUAGAUGUUAAGAGAAGCAAACCAAACAGUUUGAAUCUCACAUACCUUUGGCAUUGUCGUUUGGGCCACAUUAACGAGAAACGCAUAUCUAAGUUACGUCACUCUGGCGUACUUGAUUCAUUUGACCUCGAGUCUUAUGAUGUAUGCCAAUCUUGUUUACUNAUUAGCAGGAAUAUCAUUUCUGUGUCCUGUCUUGACAAAGCAGGAUUUUCUAUUAACGUCAAAGACAAGUGCCUUUCGGUUUUCAGAAAUGAUAUUUACUAUGCAACUGCUAAGAUGACCAAUGGUCUUUAUAUCUUAGACUUAGACGCCACUGUUUAUAACGUAGAUGUUAAGAGAAGCAAACCAAACAGUUUGAAUCUCACAUACCUUUGGCAUUGUCGUUUGGGCCACAUUAACGAGAAACGCAUAUCUAAGUUACGUCACUCUGGCGUACUUGAUUCAUUUGACCUCGAGUCUUAUGAUGUAUUCCAAUCUUGUUUACUCGCCGCACACACACUCAACUGCGUACCAUCUAAGGCUGUUGAGAGCACAUCAUACGAGCUAUGGCGUGGGACAAAACCAAAUUUGUCGUACUUGAGGAUUUGGGGUUGUGAUGUUUACGUUAGACGCCUCAUGACGUCUGGUAAGCUGGAUUCCAAAUCUGACAGGUGUAAAUUUGUGGGAUACCCUAAGGAAACGAAAGGGUAUGAGUUCUAUCAUCUGGCCGAUAACAAAAUCUUUGUUGCUCGGAACGGAACCUUCCUUGAGGAGUUUCUCUCUGCUAUUUCUAGUGGGAGAAAGGUAGACCUCGAAGAAAUUCGAGAACCUCAAGAAGAGAUCUCAAUUGCAGUGGAACCCGAGCGUCAAGAUUUAGUAUCUCAACCGGCUCAGGUUUUACCACGUAGGUCAGACCGGAUGCGUAAUCCUCCGCUUAGAUACGGUUUCCUUGUAUCUGAUGAAGCGGUCAAGAACAUCCUAAAGUAUCUUCGGAAUACUAAGGAUGCAUUCCUGGUAUAUGAAGGUGAGGAAGAGCCGAAAGUGGUCGGUUACACUGAUGCAAGCUUCCAAACCGAUCGAGACGAUUACAAGUCACAAGCAGGGUAUGUGUUUUGCCUAAAUGGCGGAGCUUUUAGCUGGAAGAGUUCUAAACAGGACACAACCGCCGAUUCAAUUACAGAGGCUGAGUACAUGGCUGCCGCUGAAGCAACAAAGGAAGGUGUUUGGAUAAAGAAGUUCAUUUCUGAACUUGGAGUGGUUCCUAGCAUUAAUGACCCAAUCCCGUUGUUCUGCGACAACACUGGGGCCAUUGCACAGGCAAAGGAACCACGAUCUCACCAAAAGACCAAGCACGACGUUAUCACAUCAUACGAGAAAUCGUAGACAGAGACUUGUUAAUCAGUAAAUAACUUAAUGGCUA